AUGUCUUUGGCUAAUGCUGCAUCUGGGAAAUUGAACUGGGCAAAGGUUAUUGCCACUUUGAAGUUGUCUGGUAAGACUGCUACCCAAUUGACCGCAUUCAAGAAGAGAAACGAUGAGGCUAGGAGACAGUUAUUCGAGUUGAAGGCUCAAGAAACUUCUGUGAAUUUUGAACAUUACCGUUCGGUGUUGAAGAACAGUGCUGUGGUUGACAAGAUUGAACAAUCUUUCUCUUCUUACAAACCUGUAACCUUGGACGCCUCUAAGCAGCUAUCUACUAUUGAAGCUUUCGAAUCGCAAGCUUUGGCUAACGCUAAGGAGACUGAGCAAUUGGUUGCUAAUGAAUUAAGUGCUCUACAGGAAACUUUGAAGAACAUUGAGUCUGCUAGACCAUUUGACCAAUUGACCGUUGAUGAAUUGGUCAAGGCUAGACCAGAGAUCGAUGCUAAGGUUGAGGAGAUGGUCAAGAAGGGUAAAUGGGAAGUUCCAGGCUACAAGGAGAAGUUUGGCGAUCUGACCGUUAUGUAG